GUUGCCGAGAGACAGCUUUCAUAUACGCCGUAACCAGUGCGGCAGUCUCCCACUCUGUGGGUCGAGCCUGCUCUGAGGGCAGCAUCAGCACAUGUUCCUGUGACACCCAGACCCAAGCCAGACCCACAGGCCGUGACUGGGAGUGGAGUGGCUGCAGCGACAACGCCAGGUUCGGCCACAAGUUCUCCAGAAAGUUCGUCGACGUCCUCGAGAAGGGUCAUGACUUCCGCUAUAUGAUUAAUUUGCAUAAUAAUGAAGCUGGCAGAGUACACGUCAGCUCUAGCCUACAACAGGACUGCAAGUGUCACGGGAUGUCUGGAAGCUGCACCAUCAAGACCUGCUGGAUGACGCUGCCUAACUUCAGGGAUGUCGGCACGGCUCUUAAGGAUCGCUUUGAUGGAGCCUCUAGAAUACUCCCUGAUUGUUUUGACGUGAUAUCACGGUGCUGUGUGGUUGUAUAG